CUAAGAUCAUUCAUCGUGAUAUUAAAGCUGCUAACAUCCUUCUCGAUUUUAAGUUUGAAGCAAAGGUUGCUGAUUUUGGUCUUGCAAAGAUUGCUUCCGAUCUCAACACUCAUGUUUCUACUCGAGUGAUGGGGACUUUUGGGUAUCUGGCUCCAGAAUAUGCAGCAAGUGGAAAACUUACAGACAAAUCAGAUGUUUUCUCUUAUGGAGUCAUGCUCCUUGAGCUAUUAACUGGACGUCGACCGGUUGAUAAAAAUCAGACUUACAUGGAUGAUAGUUUGGUGGAAUGGGCUAGGCCUUUGCUCAUGCGUGCUUUAGAAGAAAAUAAUUUAGAUUCUCUGAUUGAUCCAAGACUUCAGAAUGAAUUUGACCCUAGUGAGAUGACGCGUAUGGUAGCAUGUGCUGCAGCUUGCACACGCCACUCAGCAAAGCGUCGACCAAGGAUGAGCCAGGUUGUGCGUGCCUUAGAAGGAGACGUGUCACUAGCAGAUCUUAAUGAAGGAGUAAGACCUGGACACAGCAGUGUCUACAGUUCUCACGAAAGGUGGAUUCAGAGCUAAAAUUCAAAUUUUUUUGUUUUGCAGGCAUAUCAAGAGGAGACUGAAUAGCUCAAGCUUCUUGCUGAAUGGAAGAGAAAGAAAGGUGGAUUCAGAGCUACCAUGUUUGUUUUUGGUGAGUACAAGACCAUUGUUCUCAAAGUUUACCUACUGAAAAGAGGUUUCUAUCAGUGGUAGCAAACCCUGUUAACCUUGUUUCUGUUAUAGGAAACUUGGUGGCGGCUCAAGUUGCGACAGAAAUCGGUUGGAGCGAGUUUGCGAUUUCAAUGUUUUCACUAGGAAUGGUACAUUAUUUCCUAGAUAAAAUCCACUUGUGUUGGGUUUAUUUUGGAAUGAGCUCAAUUAUUUUUAAAACCGAAUAAACCGCAUUAUGAAACCGAACCGAACAAAACCGAAACCGAAAAUAACCGAAUUGCAAACCGGUCGGUUUUGGUUAUGUUUUUUCCAACCGAUG